CAUAGCUGAAUAUCAAGAUGGCGGCUCAGGUGCGUCUUUUGGUUUCCUUUCAGUUUGUGAAAAGAUAUAUAAAUCAGGCUUACAGCCAUUAAGCCCGGGCUUAACAAAAAUGUGGGUUAUAAUGAGCUCAAUGUACUCGCAUGUUGACAGAGCGUGAAAUAGCAUCUCAUACAGACACUUGUAAUUGUCUGCUUCCGGCUGCUCAUGGAAAUGUUGUUGUCUGCAAACUAGCUAGGAAGUCUGUUGCUUUAAUAACGCGCCAUCUUACCUAGCUAGCCAACUAGUUUGUAUUGUUUGGCAGAAGGAUGCGAUAAGUGCUAAAUCGGAGCACCGAGCACCAUAGGAGUUGUGAGCCAUAAUUCAGUUCCGAUUCCACAUGAACGGUUAUUUCGAUUCUCGAGUUUCGUUUUACGACUCUCCGAUUCUUCCGAUUUUCCGAUUCUUGCCCGGUUGUUUCGAUUUUUGCAAUUUAUUCUUUUCAGUUUUCUUCGUUUUGCGAUUACGAUACUCCUCGUUCUUUAAGUCAUAAAGCGAUCUUAAGAAAAAAGCACGCUGCAAAUGUAAUACUCCUCAACUUCCUCGUUCUAGAAGUCUUAAAGCGAAACAAGCGCGCUCCUUCAAAAUUUUGAGAAUCGUACAAUCGGAGACUUGUUACCGCAGCCAUUUGGGUAAAAUCACACAAUAGCACACUACAGUUGUAAAAUAGUAAAAUCGGGAAAAUUGGAAGAAUCAUAUAAUAGGAGAAUUGUCUUAAAAAUAAGUUUUCUUGAUUGCAGAAUAGCAAAAUUGGAAUGUAAAAUCAGAGAAUAGUACCCCCCAAUCGGUUAUACUCUUUUCCAAUUCCAGUUCUUUAGUUCAUGUAGUACUUCUCGGCUUCUAAUACACUCUAAUUGUUGUCUUGUUCUAGGCAACCUCUCUUGAAGUUAUAAAAUCUGCUGCAAGAAAAUUUAUAGAUUUUGUCAACAAUGGUCCUUCUCCAUACCAUGGUAAAAAAAAGACUGCUUCUAUUUGUUAAUAAAUAUGUACCAUGUUGGGUGUCUAGAAAACAACGACCUUGAAAAUGUCAACCUAGAAAACGAUGGCCUAGAAAAUAACGACCUAGAAAACAAUGAUUUAGAAUUGUGGUUGGGGGAGAAGGGAAGUGAGAGCUCAGGAGAAUAGGGGCGGGAGAGGAAAGGGUGGUAGGUGGGACUUAUAAAAAGGGUGGGAAAUGGGAGAAUCAAAAGAAUUAUUAGCAAUGCUUAAUAUGUGGCAGUCAAGAAAACAGCUAAAGUUGUUAGGCCAAGUGUUAAAGGGGCAGAAGACUGGAAUGAAGGUAAGGAAGAUGGGCGAAACUGAAGCAGCGAGGAAUACAGUUGACUCCAGAUAAACUUGAACUUCCCGCUAACUCAAAGUAAUUUUUGUUUCUUCUCAGAUCAUUUCUAUAUAAAUUUACUCUUGAUAACUCAAACCAUGUUUUGAGCGCUUAUAAAGUAAAAAAAAAACAGUGUACUGGCAUCCGGAACAUUGAAUUUUGAAUUUAUACCAUUGACGUGUUGCAGGCAGAUAGCUUACUAGUGGAGGCUAAUGUUGUUAAUUUGUCACAAAUCUAACGUGAAACAGCUUUGCUUCUCAAAAUAUUUAAACUCCUGCUCUAUUUAGGCUAUGUUGUGUAACUUUACUCUCUGGAAAGUUCUAAGGGACUAGAUGAUAUAAUAUUUAAAGAAAGGAAACAGGACAUUUUCUGGUAUUUUUAGAUUUAAGGAUUUCUUUCAAUGAAUGUAGCUGAUAACAAGAAAAUGUAGAGAAUUUCCAUGAUGAUAGAUACCUAUAGUAUAGUACUUAGCAUUUUUAUUAAAAAUAAUUGGUAAUGCCAUAUAGAUCUUUGUAGGGUCACUGAAUGAGUUGAGGUCAAUGCCAUUUUAUUUCAGUUGUAAAUGAAUGUCGAAAAGUUCUAACACUGGCAGGAUUUAAAGAGCUUAAAGAAAGAGACCAUUGGGAUAUUAAACCAAAUGAUAAGGUGGGUAGGGAAUUGAUAGAUGACCUAAUUGUAAUUUUGAUCAUUCCUUUGCUAACUAAAUGCUCAGAUCUCCAGCCUUGAGAUGAACUUAAGAAAAUGACAUCUUACUGGUAAAGUCCUUCUGGUAAAUGAUACUCUCUUCAAUUUUGCUUGUAUGUGUAGCUGUAACUGCACAGUAUCUCUAGGACUUACAGUCAAAAAUGCUUAUAAAUAAUUAAUUAUUCACUAACUGACUACUUAAUGCAGGUAAAAAUAACAAAGAAAAAUACAGGAUACCUAAAUAGUGGCUGCAGCCACUUAAUAGAGGUAGCAAUUUAAUACAGGGCCGUUGUGUACAGGGUCCACUGUAUACAUGUACUUCUUUUAGCUUACAUAUAUACCCAACCAAUGCAAACUGAUGAAAGUCCUUUGUUAUUUUUUAACUUCCAUCAGCAUGUGGAUUACUACACUGUAAACGUCAUUAUACUUUAUCAAGUAUUAUAGUCAUUAACAUUGACUUCCUUUCUGCAGCAGGACUAGCUCACUCAGUAGAGUACUCAACAACACACGGUUUGCACGGGCCUUGAAAACUCCUUGAAGAACUAUCAUGUCCUGUAAAGUCCUUGAAAAUUGAAAAAUUGUGGGAUAUUCUUGGAUAAAAAUAACCUUCGUUAAAAGAAAGUUUUAUGCAAAGGAAUGAUUGAAAACACAGCGACACACAAAUUUUCUUGCCUUGGUGAUCAUGAAAGUGUUAUCUUAUGAUUUCGGUGUUCGCAGCAUAGUUCAUUUUCCAUUACACAUUUGAUUUAGGUUUUUACUUCAUGUUACUGUAGAAAAGAAGUCCUUGAAAAAAUGACUUUAGUCCUUGAAAAGUCCUUGAUUUUUUCCCAAAAAAUUCUGUAUGAACCAUUCAACAGAGCGGGAGGUCCAAGGAUAAAUCCUUGCGGCCAGACCUACGCAUGGCUUGGAUGAACUCAUACCACGAGGAGACAUAAAAACAGUACACUCAAUUAGUAUUUUCAUGCUAAAUAUGUUGACACUUACAGCUGUACCAGUAAAUUGCCUUGUUUUCCUCAUUAGUAACCUAAUGUAUUCCACUAUUGUUUUUUUUAUAAUAAAAUAUUAUAACAAUGUUUCCUAUCAGUGUUUUGUGACCAGGAACCAUUCAACAAUAAUUGCAUUUGCUGUUGGUGGAAAAUAUCAGCCUGGAAAUGGUUUCACCAUUGUGGGUGCACACACAGACAGUCCCUGUCUAAAGGUAAUAAUACUGCUAAUUGCAAGUACCCUUACCACCUGUAAUCAGACACCCUUAGGACCAGAAGUAGUGUCCACUAUUCAAAGGUGUCGAUCCAUGGUAUAGUGGUCUUGGGCCAAUACAAUAUUACCGAGUGUAGCCCUCACACUUUGUUAGGACCAGAAAAGUGUCCACUGAUGGGAGAUGUCUGUCUGUGGUCUCAGUCCAUACUGCAUUUGGGCUGAUAUAUUACCCAGUGUAGCCCUCCCUCCUGGCGAGGACCAAAAGUGUCCACCGACCAAUGGGAGGUGUCCAUUAUGGUCUCAGUCCAUACCGUUGUCUUGGGCCAAAUUGCCCAGUGCAACCCUUGCACUCAGUGUCCACUGAUGGGAGGUGUCUGUAUGAGGAAUUAGGUUGAAAAUAAUAGUUGUUUUUAUGUGCCUGACUGGGAAGGUAACAAUUUAUUGUCCAAAAUUGACCCAGGCCCCAAUGGGAAUGACUUAGAACAUUAUAUGACGUCUUACAUGAUGUUACAUGAUAAAGAGGAGGUAUCAAGCUGUAAUUAGGAAGGUAAUUAAUGCAGUGUUAAUAUAUUUCCUGGACUAUAAUUUUACUAAAUGUCUGCUUAAGGGAGCUGGCUGCAUAUGAGAAGUGUCCCAAGUUAGGUCUGUUCAGGUAAGCCAAGCAGAACAUGGGAUUCACCACUUCAUCUUACCCCUUGCAGAACCAGCCAUAUAAUGAAAACUAAUUUUUGAAGUGCUAUUAAUCAAUGGCAGGUGAAGCCCAAUUCUAAGAAGUGUAGUAAUGGAUACCAGCAGGUCGGUGUGGAGUGUUAUGGAGGUGGAAUCUGGGCCACGUGGUUUGACAGGGAUUUAAAACUUGCUGGCAGGGUGGUAACCAAGGUAUGCCAAUAGAAUUAAUUUUUAUGUUGAAAUUCAUCAGAUUCAAAACAACGAGAAGUUAAUACAAGCUUUUUUUUAACUGAUCGGUGUUUAUUUUACAGAGAGGUGAUAAACUGGAACACCAUCUGGUUCACAUUAACCGACCAAUCAUGCGAGUUCCUCAUCUGGCCAUUCACCUUCAGCGGGAUAUCAAUGACAAGUUUUCACCAAAUAAAGAAACUCACAUGUAGGUAUUAGUGGUGUUGAUGUCACCAAUGAAAAAUGAUUUUAUUGUACAAAAAUAUAAUAUGUAAAACAACAUUUUGAUUAUGCAUUUAUAAGAAAAUGCAGAGUAAAUUUCAACUGAUCAGCAAUAGUGACCCCUUUUAAUUAUUAGAAACUGGAAGUUCUUUUUUCUGACAGAUUCCCUCUCUCUUAGUGACUUGUUCAAAGAAUGAUCAACUAAUAAAUUUAUUCCAAUUUUGCAUCAUCAUACUGUUUAUAUGAGUUUCGUAAUAAUUAUCAAGUAAAAUUUGCCAAGUUGCAAUGUUAUGCCUGAAAAUUAUGGAUAGCAUUCUGAAAUCUUGAGCAUUUCAAAUUAAACUGAAAUGGGAUUACCAUGGUCAGUUAGUGUACAUCCUUGUGCACAGGAGGUUCAGAUUUUGAUUCCCAGGUGGGACUUCAAAUCUUUGUUCAACCUUCAAAUCUUUGUUCAAACUUCAAACCUUUGUUCUUUGUUCCUUUCUGUGGAUCAGUACUGAAUCUGAUGGAGACAGGGGGGUAAAAUGAGCACACUUUUGGCCUUAGGUUCGUCAGUUUAAGUACUGUUACAAGCUACCAACAUAAGAUAAGGGCCUUUGCUUUUUUAAAAUACCACACCUGUGUUUUAGCAGAUAAUUAGGAUGGACAGUUUACUUAAGUUUACUGCCCUGCUUGCAAAACAUCUUUGUGUACUGUUUAUCAAAAUGCCAAAUUAUUUUGUAGUUUCAGAAGUUAUCCAUACAUGUACUGUACCUUCUCCACCAAAUGAAUUCUGUCGAAGUUCCAAAAGGUUAAAAUUUCAUUGCUCCCAGCUGGAUUGCCCCCUCCUCCCCCAGGAGUUUCCAAUUCCUUCUGUGAGGGGGCGGGGGGAGGAUUUGUUUAUUAACUUUUCUCAGUCUAAACUAGUAUUCAGCUGAGGUUACCAGGGUUUACUAAGGACAAUUCUGACAGUGAAGUACUGGUUUUGAACAGAGAAGAGAAUUUACCUAAACCAGUGUUUAGCAUUUUAGUUAUUGCUUUUCCUCUCUGAAUUGUAGUGCUCCUAUUUUGGCAACUUGUGUUUAUGAGGGACUGGUAAAUGGCACAUGCAAAGAUGACAGUGAGAAGAAAUCAGAGGAAACCAAAAAAGCCUGUAGGGUGAGUACUAAUGAAUCAGGUCGAGUCAUUCAGCAUUUGAUAGUGAUGACAGUACUGUAUAUAGCAGACAUUUUAAAAAAUACAAACGCAAAUCUUUUCCUAUAUACUGCAUGUCUGAAAUAUUUUUAGUGCCCAGAUUAGCCAAGCUAUUUGCAGGUGAAACAGUUUGUAAAUUUUCCACUUUAAUGGUGAAAUAUACUUGAUUUUGAUUUGAUGUAAUUUACAUGUGCUUGUAGCUUAACGUUGCAUUCAUUUAAACAGAUUGAUUCUCACCAGUCAGAGUUGGGCAGACUAUUGGUGCAGGAAAUUGGCUGUCAGCCACAGCACAUUUUGGACUUUGACCUUCACUUGGCUGACACCCAACCUGCGGCAAGUAUACAAAAAUGUUAUUGUUUACAUAUCUAUGUACUGGUAUGUUUUUAAAAAUAGUAAACUGUAUGAUAAAAAAUUGAUCAGGAAUUAAUUAAUAAUAAACGUAUGAUGUAAAAGAAAUCAGAGCAAACAUGAUGGUAAAUAAUAGUAAUAUUUUAUUGCACUGUCAUUCAGACCAGUCAUUUGGACUGAGUUGUUAAGGAAAUCAUGGAGCCUGUGCAUUAUAUAGUGGAACCCCGUUAACACAGUCACCAAGGAGCCAAAAAGAUUUGACCUUAUUAAUGGGUGACCUUAUUAACAAUGGUUUUCACAAGAAAAUGUAUGGCCGUUUUGCCGAGCGGCUAAAAAAGUGGCUUUAAUAACAAGGUGACCAUAUUACUGAGGUGGCCAUGGGCUGGGUUCCACUGUAUUUACCAUUUUUACUUCAGAUUUAUACCAUGUUCAGAUCAUCUUCGUGAUAUGAUUUAUUUGGUUCAACUUGUAGCAAGAGGUAUCCCUGCCAGAGAAAACAGAAGAUCUGUAACCAGAAUACAUGAUGUGAGAAUUUUCAAACUGUUCUCUGAUUGAAAUUUCUGGUUAAAAAUCUGAUCAUUCAACAACCUGUGACUGUUAUGAUUAUUACUAUUAAGACUUGUAAUUUCAUUGGUGUGUUUCAAUCCGUCUAUUGUCAUAGUUAAACAUAGCCAAUAACAUCACGGCUUAACUGACAGACGAUCAAUAACAUCUUUUACUUAAUUGACCAAUCAGGUCAACAACCAGUGCCGGGUUCCUAGAAAGAUGGUUAAGUUUAACCCAGGAUUAAGGGAAAUUAUAAGCAUGGUUUUCUUGCUAAGAGCAUGUAACUCAAGCUUACAAAAUACUGUUGACCCUUUACUUGGAGACACAGUAAUGAUGUGGAAAACACGAGUACACACCAAAUAGUUCCGAAAAUCUUACUAAGUUUAAUGUCCACUAUCCUUAGUCCUCAAUGUAAUAACGAAACCGAACAACAAAGUUUUUCUGCGAACUCGAUCAGUCUUUCGAACCACGAGGUCCGUAAAACUACUACUCAAAACGAGGCUUGAUAAACAUGACUUCAUGUAACAGUCACGAAUGUUCAAACGUUCUCAACACCCUCCCCCCAUUUAAGUGUUUAUCAGCUUAAAUGUCAGUCGCCAUCUUCAAAUUCUUGUGCAGCAAUGUCUUUGAACAGCUUAUUGGCAAUCUCUUUGGUCCUCCUGCUUGACCUCACUCUUGGUACGAACACUUCGGCUUCAGGGUUAAGCUUGUAAUCAGGAUUCUCUCCUCCAAUUUCCAAGUUACACACAAGUUGCAGGGGACGCUCGACAACAUAUCCAUUUCCUUGCCUCAGCUUUAAUCCGCGCACCACUCCAUCUCUGCCAGUAAUCCUACCUACCACUCGUCCCAGCUUCCAUAGCGCUCUAUCCCUAGCUUCACCUUUCAAUAACACUACCGCCCCUGUUUCCGGGAUUUUUGCAUCGUCUGCAGUGGAACUAGAUUUCCUUUCUCCAAGGGCGUGCACGUAUUCUUUCAAAAACCUCCUUCGAAGCUGCUCCUUGCUUCUUUGCAAGAAUUUCAUCCUCCUUGACACUUUCUCUUCGCCAAUUGCCUCAAGAUCUUCGUCCAAGACUGGGGUUGGUUUCCCUCUUAGUAAGGUGUUUGGGGUAAGCACUGGUUGCUCAAACUCCUCUCCCUGAUAAAGUAGUGGUCGAUUGUUCAUACAGUUCUCUAUGUCAAUCAGGACAUCUUCCAGCUCUGGAUAGGUCAGAAGGCUUCGUCCGACCGCCUUUGAAAGUGCCCUCUUCAUGAUACCAAUGAGACGCUCAAAGAAACCUCCCCACCAUGGGGCUCGGGCUAGGUUGAACUUCCACCUUAUAUUCAGAGCUCCAAUGUAACUUGCAAGAUCGUGAUCCUUCUUGAGGGUAGACAACCAUUUCCCUGUAGCCACAAAUGUUUUUCCAUUGUCACUUACAAGGGUCUGAGGGCAUCCUCGCCUGGCAAUAAACUCCUUUAGGGCUCUUUGAAAUUCAGCAGCAGAGAGAUCACGACAAAGCUUCAGGUGUACUGCGCGGGUGCUGGUACAGGUAAAUAAUGCAAUGUAAGCUUUGGCAGUAACAGAUUUCUUCACCCUGUAGUAAACUGGACCAGCAAAGUCCACCCCUGUCACUGCAAAAGGGUCAGACAUCUCGACCCUAAAGGUUGGCAGAGCUGCGGUUGUCACAUGUGAGGCAGAUAUAGGUUUCUCCCGGUAGCGCUUGCAAACAUUACAAUUCUGAAUCACUUUUUUCGUCAAUGACCUCAGUUUAGGAACCCAAAACUUCUCUCGCAUGCGGCACAUAAUUACUGAAACUCCCCCAUGCAGCAUUUGUUUGUGCACUUGUUGAACAACCAGCGAUGUUAGUUCACAUUCUCGAGGUAGGAAGAUUGGAUAAUAACCAGGGACUCUGCUAACACAUCUCAAUAUUCCAUCUUCAUCCCUUUCAAGGUUUACACCUGAUUUUGGAGCUCGAACCGCUUGUGCCUGGGUAAUCCAGAACCUCUCUGCUGCUUGCAAUUCUUCUGUCUUCAGUGGUCCUUUCUGUUUCUCUGUUUCUUUGCAGUUGUUAACAAAUAGCUUGACAUAAGCAGUCACCCUUAGCAGUUUCCAGUAUGAUGAAUACCUGUGUAGAAGCUCGUCCACUAUCAGAUCCUUCUUUUCUUUUUUGGCGAGCAUUUGGUUCUCCAAUUUAGGUUUCACAGUCUCUGCUACUGUCUCGGAGGUCUCACACACUUCAGGUUGCGAUGGCCACUUGUCUGGACUGCUUAGCCAGUUCGGUCCCUCAAACCAUAGCCUUCCCAACUUUCUGGGCUCAGCACCUCUGCUUCUUUGGUCGCUCGGGUUUUUACUGGUGGGCACAUAAUGCCAUUUCAGGUAUCCUUUGUCUUGAAUAGCUUGAGUUCUAUCACGCACAAACUGAGUCCAAGUUCCUUGUCCUUUAAUCCAGUAAAGAACAGUGGUGCUCUCGACCCAGCAGUGAUACUCUUCAACCAGCUAACCUUGAAAUACUUCCUUCACAUGAUUCAUCAGCUUGCUAAGUGUAUGUGCAGCGAUAAGUUCCAAGCGUGGGAUUGAGGGUUCUCUUAGAGCUAUCCUCGACUUUGCAACAAGGAGAUUCUGACAAACUGGGGUAGCUGCAUGAAAUACAAGAGUGUAGAUAGCUGCUGAAACUGCUAGCUUGCUGGCAUCAGAAAGGCCAUGAAGUACUACUUUUGUCACAUCUUUGUUCACAACACUUCGGGGAACUGAUAGCACUGGGCACUCCUAAUCCUCUCAGCCACUUUUUCCAGGAUCUCCAAAUGUCAUCAGGUAAGUGCUCAUCCCACUUCGGUUUGCUUUAGCAAGUUUCACUGUACAGGAUCUUUCCUGUGAUCACCACUGGUGCAGCAACACCCAGCAAGUCACAUACACCAUUGAUGGAUGACAGUAUUUUCCUCUUUGUCGGUGGGCCUUCAGGAACUGCCUGUAACGGUUUCAUGAAGCCAAUGGAAGGUUUAUCUUCUGUUUUGUUCCAUGGAACUCCCAGUAUUUUUGUUUCCUUUGGACCAGUUCCUACCUCUAGCUUGGCAUAAGUCAUACUUGCUUGAGAGGACACUGCAUUGUCUUCAGUUCGCUGACAUUCUUCCAACUCUGAUAGGUUACUGUACCAUUCGUGGAGAUAAAAACCACCUUCCUCCAUAAUCUUUGUGGCCUCUUCUUUAAACUUAAUCAACUGAUCGCUGUGAUCUCUGCCUGACUGGACAUCAUCCACAUAAGUGUUGUUCAGCAAUGCAUCAGCCGUAUCAGGAAACUUUUCAGUAUACUGGCUCACAUGUUUCUUGAGUGUCGCCCCGAGAAUGUAAGGACUAGGUCCUGACCCGAAAAUCACUCUAGUGUAUCGGUACUCUGUAACUGUCCUUGAGUCAAGGUUCUCGUACCACAGGAGCCGAAGGACAUCUCUAUCCUUCGGAUCCACUUUUAUCUGAAGAAAGGCCUUUUGGAUGUCCCCGGUAAUACACAGCAAGCUCAGGCGAUUUCGUAGAAGAAUGUCAAAGAUCAUGGGCUGCAAAGGGGGUCCAACUUCCAGACAGUCAUUAAAGGAAGGUACUUGAGAAUUGGCCUUAGCUGAGCAAUCAUACACUAUCCUCAUCUUUGUAGACUCUGCCUGGUCUCUGAUUACUGGAUGGUGGGGAAUGUAAUGUAUUGCUUCUCCAGUGGGUAUUUCUGGCACCACCUCUAUGAUUCCUUCUUCUAACUGCUGCUCCAUAACAGUAUGAUACUCCUCAAGUCUCUGCAUCCUCUCCAGCUUUCGUGUGACACUUCUUAAUCUCCCAACUGUCAGUUCUUUGUUUGAAGGUAAAGAGAUAUGAUUCGGUUUCCAAGGCAGUUUCGUGCAGUAGGUACCAUCCUCCAAUCUUUUUAGCUGAUCUAUGAAAUCUUCAUGGAAGGAAUCACAGACAUUCUCCAAAUCUUUCAGGCCAAGCACUUCCUGAGAACACAUCUGCGCGAAUUCAUUCUGACUAGAGUUCAUGAAGAACAUCUUUUCUGCCUCAGCACUCAGAGGGGUAGACUUUCCAGCGAUGACCCAUCCCAACAUGGUGAACUCUGCUCCGGGAUCAGUGUCGGGGUUAAGACCUAGAACUGGGGGCUCGGUUGACUUGAUUCGUUGAAUAUCAGCUGCUCCAAGGAUUAUGUGUACUGGUAACUUCUGAGCAGUCGCUUGCUCCUCACUAAAUACCAGCCUUCUUAUGCGAUGAUUCUGUUCCUUCAGUUCAGAGAUUUUAGGGUUAGGCAGGUAGGUUAAAACAGGCUUCUCAGCACUGACACAUUGCAACUCUAUUCCAAAACUAUCAACUACAUUUGAUUCAACAUGGACUUUGUAUAUUUCAACUCGUUUGUCCACUGUCCCAUACAUUUGCUCAAUCACUCUGCUUUCAGUUCGGCACGGCUUAAUGUUCAGUUUGGUCAACAGGUUGGCACUGAUGUAUGAGCUACCUGCUCCACUAUCAAGCAUGAUCCGUGUCUGCACACCAUUUACUUUGGCCAGCACUGAAGAGUGCAGGGUUUCUUGAUGAUCAUAUGCCCCAUAGAACCUGUCCGAGGGAGACUUUGACUUGGGUGGAAUGGUUGUAAAGGUUCUUUCACAAAUAGAUGUAUGGUGUCUGGCAUUACACCUUCCACACCCACGGGAUUUGCACUGGGAAACAGCAUGUCCAGAUUUUGCACAAUUAAAGCAAAGUCUGUUCUUCUUUAGAAACUCCCUUCUGCUGGCAACAUCCAGUAUCUUGGUACAUUCUGAACUUCUGUGUUGGUGAGAGUUACAGUAUGCACAGGGUGCGCAAGGUGGAGGGAGCCUAGGCAGUCCUUGAUUUGGCCCAGACAUAAACAUUUUUUCACCUCUUCUCCACUGAUUUCCCUGAUUCGAUCCUACAGGUUUCUUGACAUCCUGGUUCUGUGAUGACGUUUCAGGUAAAGGAUUUCUGUCAGUGUACUUGCGUAGGCUUUCUACAAGCUCCUCCAAUCCCCACUCUUCCCAUUCAUCAUCCUUUUGAACUAAAGCUUCCCUCACUGGUCCGAGCUUGUCCAUAAUGCUGUAAACAUAGCUUUGUGCACUUUGCAAUUUCUUCAUUGUGUUUAAGGCUGUCACAGUUCUAGACAGCUGUUUGUAAAACUCAUGGAUCUCUUUUACUUUAGUGAGGCUUGUAAUGUUUGGAAGCAUUUCCAAAUCCUUGAUCAAUGCCUUGAGAACCUUAACGUUUUUACCAUAAGUAAGUUCUAGGAUCUUUUUUGCUUCUUCAUAGCCUUCAACAGUGUGCGGUAAGCCAAGAAUGUGACUCUUCGGUUCCCCUUCCACCAGCUCAAGCAAAUAAUUAAAUUUGCUUAUCUCAGAAAUUUUGGAGUUAUCAACUUCUACCACGAACUGAUUCCAGAAUCUGAGCCAAUCUUUGUAAUCCCCUUUAAAUGGUGUAAUAGAAUACUUCUGUAAUUUAACUGCCUGUGGUUUACUCAUUUCCUGUGCAGCCUUUUUUGCAUCUAAGGCAAGUUCUAGCUCAAACUUUUUGUUGAACCAAUCUUCCUCUUUCUUAUGUAAUUCCUGUUUCUCUAAAUCGCUUAACGCCUCCUUCAGUUUAUCUCGUAGGUUUCGCACAGGAAUAAAAUCUUGUUUACGGGUGUCUGACCACGUUCUUACCUCAUCAAAACUAGUAUCAGCAUCCAACAUGGCGUCUUUAACACCGUUCGCAGAAUCCUCGAGUGCUUUGUUUAUGUCACAUAUUCUCUCGUAAGCCAAGCGUAAAUCCUCUAUCACUCCAUAGUUAAGUUUUUCCUCAAUUUCUCCGACGUAGUAGGUUGCCUUGUUCAAUGCCUUCUUGUAAUUUCCUUCCGCAAGAUCCACCAUGUUAAUAAAGUAAUCUCCCAGUCAAUGUCAGUGUUCCUCAAUGCAAGAUAGUUUCACGUGUCUUCAAGUCAGGUCCUGGCAGGGUCGCCACUUUUGGUGUGGAAAACACGAGUACACACCAAAUAGUUCCGAAAAUCUUACUAAGUUUAAUGUCCACUAUCCUUAGUCCUCAAUGUAAUAACGAAACCGAACAACAAAGUUUUUCUGCGAACUCGAUCAGUCUUUCGAACCACGAGGUCCGUAAAACUACUACUCAAAACGAGGCUUGAUAAACAUGACUUCAUGUAACAGUCACGAAUGUUCAAACGUUCUCAACAAUGAUUUACACAAAAUGUUUCUCUAAGCAAUACAUAGGAAGGUAAAUACGGAAAGUGGAACAAAAUCUUAAUCCUGGAUUAGUGCUAAUCAGCCUUUCAGGAAAUGGGCCCAGAGUUUAAUACCAUCAACUGACUUGAAACAACUCGCUUUUGACUCUGAAGAUGACUACCGCUCAUGUUGUCGAAACGUCAGUCACUGUCAACAAGAACAGUCCUAUUCAGGACUAUGACUACCCAGACGCUCAUACUCAACCUACUUAUAAAUAGUAGUACUACUAUGAAUUAACUAUCCCUCCCAGAAGUAUUAAACCUGAAAACUACAUGUAUUUACAUUAGAGGUAAAUAGCUAUGAUAAUAAUCAUAAAUCGUACAACUAAGAAUAAUAUUAAAGCAUAAUUUUACAAGGCUUUUUUAAAGUCGUCAAUUCCUUUGACCUCUCUAAUUUUAGUGGGCAAGGAGUUCCACAACAUGGCAGUGAUGUAAGAAAAACCCUCCCUAAAAAUAUAAUAUUAUUAAUGGUUAAGCUAAUUUUGUCUUCCCAACCUUGUCCCCAGAGUCUUCUCAUUUUCCAAUAUCCUGCCUCCGCCAUUAUUUACUCACCAUAUUAUUAUGUUAAGUACUGUUUUAAAUAUGACAUUAAAAAAUCUUAUUAAAGCCAAGAACUUCCUGACACAUACAUUUGUAAAAAGUCAUAAAUAAACUGUACAUACAAAAAAAGAUACUACACGAGCGCAACGUUUAAAUUGCAAUAUUUUGGAUGGCCAUGGUUGCCAAUUUUUAUAGAUAUAGUUGCAAGUUUCAGCGUGAUGGUCUUUUUCAUGCACUUCAUACAUGUAGAUGCUUAGGAGAAUGGCCUCAAUGUUCCCCCUCAAAGAAAACUCCUGAAAAUAUUACCUGUUUUCUGCCAACUUGCAGACACAAAGUUUGACACUUUUCUUUUUUCUUUAGACUCUGGGUGGUGCAUUGGAAGAGUUUAUUUUCUCUCCUCGGCUGGACAAUCAAGUUAGCAGCUUUUGUGCUCUACAGGUAUAGAUACAAAUUCUCUUUUCUUGUAAACCCAGAUUCCUCAAGGCAAGAGUCAGGGGCACCCAACGAGGAUAUAGUUCAAAACCAGUUAACAUAGCAUUGUUGAACGUAUUGUAGUCUUUAAACGGUAGAUAUGGGCAUAUUUUUAUCCCCUAAAAACUUUUUAUCUGUUCGGAUUUCCUAGCUGAAAGUCUAGUGAUCCGAAAAUUAUAGAGAUCAAAACUUACCCUUUCGAAAAUUUCAGCCAGGAAAAGGCUUCCGAAAAUUCUAGGUAGCCUUUUUUAGGGUAAAAAUCCGUUAAAAAUGGGUAAUUAUACCAUUUUGUAGAUGUUCGAAAAUCCUAGGAGAGGCAGACAAGCAAGUAAUUUUACAAGAAAUGUUCCGAAAAUUCUAGAUCUCAAAUCGUCUUCCGAACAGAUAUUUUCCGAAAAUUGCCGUUGGCUGCCCCUGAAGAGUGGGAAGUUAAUAACAAUGAAAGAGUCAAUAGACCUUUACCCAUUCUGCUCGAGUGAGCAAGCUUAAAGAAAUGAGGUAGAGGCUUGGGUGGAUUUUGUCUAUCCGAGCCUUGACUUGAUGCCUUUUUUUGGAGGAAUGUUGGAAAGGUCUAUUAUCAAUAAUACUCAUUUCUUCUUGAAUGCUGGUCUGAGUAUAGGGCAUAAACCUUCUUCACCUCCAUGCCUAUCUAGAUCUACGUUUUGAAAAUUGAAAGUCUUGCUUCUUGUAUUAUAUUAUGGCAUGGCAUGGGGCCUUCACAUCUCACCAUUGUAACCUGGGUUCAAAUCCCGGUGUUGAUGCAAUUUAAUGUGGGUUGAGUUGUGUCGAAGAAAUGGGAUCCUUUGGUCCUACUCCUCAUCGUUAAUUGUUGAUAGUUUACAAAUUUAUAGUUGUUUGCAAUUGACCUGCUUGCUCUUGAGACAGAAUCCUUUUUUAAAACAUGAACUAGCUUUUUUGAAUUUGCGUUGUUUCCUCAUUGUACUGCUUGCUACUGAAGGCGUUUAAAGGAACAGGGGCACCCAACGUCAAUUUUCGGAAAAUAUCUGUUCGGAACACGAUUUGAGAUCUAGUAUUUUCGAAACAUUUGUUGUAAAAUUUCUUGCUUCCCUGCCUCUCCUAGAAUUUUCGAACAUCUAAAAAAUGGUAUAAUUGCUCAUUUUUAACGGAUUUUUACCCUAAAAAGGUCACCUAGAAUUUUCGGGAGCCUUUUUUCUGGCUGAAAUUUUUUGAAAAGGUAAGUUUUGAUACCUAUAAUUUUCGGAUCACUAGACUUUCAGCUAGGAAAUCCGAACAGAUGAAAAAUUUUUAGGGGAUAAAAAUAUGCCUAUAUCUACCGUUUAAAUACUAAAAUACGUUUACCAAUGCCAUGUUUAAGUGGUUUUAAACUAUAUUCUCGCUGAGUGCCCCUGAAGGAAGAAUAUUGUGGUCAACUGCAGCUUUGAUUUACUUUAAUAGCUGUUUAUGUACAUUUUAACCGUUUUAUCGAUCUAACAAUAAAUUCCAAUACAAAUCCUUAUAAUUUGGCUUCUAGUACGUAGGCUGUUGUGAGUCUGGGUCCCCUCUGAUAAGAUUCCAUCACUGAGUCUGAGAUUGACUGGGACUGAAUGUUUUCAACUCUCUUUCAAGUGAGGAUUUUACCUUGUAACUUUUAAUCUGUAGGCUCUUGUUCAGUCUUUGGAGGGUCCUUCAUUCGCCUCUGAUCCAAACAUCCGUGUUAUUGCUUUGUAUGAUAAUGAAGAGGUAAGUUUCUUUCUUUAAAUCAGUUUGGCAAAAAUGUUAUUGUGCUAUAAUUUCAUCACUGCGACUUAAGUCUCGUCCAUCAAUAAUGGAAUAAUGGGAAGUUGUCCAUGACUAGCUGUUUAAAUUUCUAAGUGCAGAACUCAAAACAGUGAAACUCAAAGAGUUCACAGCUAUACAAAGACGAAAUGGCCAAAGUAUUGACCAAAAAUGAGAGGAAGAAUACAAAGUCAAUGUAUUAUGCAAAAAAUAUCAGUCAGUGGAUGUUAACUGCUUUUUGAGGACCCUCAGUAUCUACCAAAAAAACACUUUCGUUCAUACUCUGAAACUGUUGUGGAACAUACAAACGUUAUGUCAGCAGAAAGUCUCCUUGAAGGUGAAGAUGCAGCCUGCAGUCCCAGUCAAAUGGAUAACAUGCUCCUUGAUCUACACAAUAGGUCACUUGCACUAAGAGGUCAAGUGACCAAUGCUUCCUUUAAACCUGAGUUGGAAUCUUGCUGAUGCCAAAAAUUGAGGGAAGGCAUGAAAAUUAUCUUACACCCGAAAUUUGAGAGGAAACGCUUUUAAGGAAGAUAUUUUAUGGCACUUUGAUUUUUUAACAAAGUAGUAUGAUUUGUAUUGGUCUCUUGCCCUCUAACAUGGCUUCCAAAACUAGUUUUUGCUUGUAUCCUAUUAAACGUUUGAUAGUUACGCUCAGAUGUGUUGAAAACGUUAGGACAUCAUCUUAAGUUUAAGUGCAAAACUUCUGCACAGAAAGAGGUACAUUCGAUUAACCGCCCUGGGCGCUUAUUAAAUUUUUGGACCUUGAGGGUGGGCGCUUAUUCGAGGUGGGCGCUUAUUCGAGGCUGGGCGCUUAUUAAAUUUUCAGUAUUUUCAGCAAGUGUAGUAUGUUUAUUUUGCAACAAAACAAUAAAUGGUAAUGACAAAACUCGAAGAUGUAACAAGGCAAGGUUCCUGUAAAAUACUUUGAAGAAAACUCCGUCUUCGGGGAAGUCUCUUAUUAGUACUUAUUCAAUAUUUUGGGGGUGGGGUGGGGUUGGUCGCUUAUUUGAGUUUGAGUGGGAGUGGGAGGGAGGUGCGGUGGGGUGGGCGCUUAUUCGAGGCUGGGCGCUUAUUAACUUUUUCUGCCUUUAGGAUGGGCGCUUAUUCGAGGUGGGCGCUUAUUCGAAUAAAUACGGUAAUUCAUAGUUUCAAAAAUCACAUUUUGGACACGUGACCAGCUACGAACUGACUCAUUUUAAGAAAAUGGUGCGGGUUUGAAAAACUAAAUCACUAAUGGUUUUUUGAACGCAAAAUCAUAUAACUUUCAUUUUCAUAGAAAAUGAUGUCACAUGACUUCUAUUCUUGUUGUUAUAGAGCUGGAUACUUUUUCCUAACAGCGCGCGCUCUCACUGGUUACUUCGAGGUCACAUGACAUCUAACAAUGAAACCGUUUCCCGCCAAAAUCUCUGAGCGGACAACAUUGCAAAAUCUAUGGCGUUUGAGGGUAACAGCGCACUGUUACUCGCGCAUGUUGACCGACGACCGCCGUUUAAGCGAGGUUUCAUGAAUUUCCAGCUUGAAAAUUUCCAGCUAUGUAACAAAUCACUUAAAGACUGGUCCCUGGUCCCUUUAGUUGUCUCAGAGUUCAUGUAGUAAAAGAUGGCCAGUGUAUACAGUCGCCUUCCGAUAACUCGAACCCUCUAUAACUCGAACCUCCCGCUAACACGAAGCAAUUUUCAUUUCCCUUCAAAUCGUUUUCUACAUAAUUGUACCCAGUCGGUAACUCGAACUUUUUUCUAUUUCCCUUGAAGGUUCGAAUUAUCGGAAGUCGACUGUAGUUUUUUUAAGCUACCUACUGCAGUUCUUCUUGAAUGACAAAUGAAUAAGCUCCAUUUUUUAACUUCUUUUGUCUUAUUAGCUCUAAAUUAAUUAUUUAUUGAAAGAAUUAAACGAAUGUUUAUAACAACAGGUUGGCUCUAACAGUGCCCAGGGAGCAGGCUCUAUGUUAACAGAACAUAUUUUACGCCGUUUAGCUGUGGGUAAGUCUACGAAAAAAAGGUAGCUACUUUUUAUCCCUUGGAUACCCUUUGGGUAUCCAAAGCGUUUUCGUGAUGGUUUUUAUUAAGCAAAUGUAUCACUCGCUCACUUUGCGUUGACAGAGAUCGCCUCUUCUAAAUCGGCUCCAAGCCGAACUGUUUGCACUCAUAGCCGGUAAUCAUAUUGAUCGUGGAAAGUUAUCAAGGCUUUGAAGUUCCAGCCUAUACCUUCUAUAAGUAGUUUUCAUUGUAAAAUGUGGUACAAAAGUCGUUGCUUCCCGAGCAAUUCAGUGCUCUACUACUCGUUUUGUGUGUCUUUCUUUUGUGGUUGAGAUACAGCGGCGCGAGAGUUAUGAGGUCAAAGAUGUGAGACGGCCGGGCAAGAAGAUGUUCUAAACAAUUAUCCAUUGGACGGGUUCCCCAAGCAUAUUUGUUACUUUUCUUUUAAAAUUAUGGAAGUAAACUCAUUACUGUAUUUGCUAUUUUUUUGUUAUUCUUACACCAUACAGAUUCACCACAAAUCAGUGUACACAUAAAAAGGACUAUUCCUACAACAGCAGUUUACAUUACAAUUUCAUCAAUUGCAUUGGUUUUGAUAAAGACAACGCAGCUCAGUUCUUUUUUUACUUGCCCUUAUAGUGUGAUUCACUUAGACGAGCUCUCAACUGCUUCUUUUAUCAUUUUUAGUGAUUUGGUCAGAUUACUCCUAAAAAAAUAACUUUUGUUUUUCGGCUCCUUUUGUAAUAAUUAUAAGAGCUGUUUUAAUGUUUUAUUAGGAAGCAGAAAAGAUUGAGAGCGUCAAAUAUGUUUUUGAAAAACAUAUAAUUAUUCAACUUUCUGAUGGACACCAUUUGUCCUAGCGCUGAGCGUAAAUGUACAUGCGGUUUCCACCUUAUGGAGAAUCCACAAAAAUGACUUAACUGUUUUCACUGUUCCUUUUAAGGUGGAACGUCGACGAGUUUUGAAGAAGCUAUUGCCAAGUCAUUUCUCCUGAGUGCCGAUCAAGCCCAUGCCGUCCAUCCAUGCUACUCGUAUGUUUGUUGUCUUAAUUUAUUAUUAUUUUUUUCGCCUGCCUUGCGGAAGAAGAAAGGGAACGAGGACUGGGGAGGGGGAAUACGCUAAAAGAAGAGAGGGUAUUUCUAGUGUCGGAACCCCUUCCUCUACCUCUCGCCUUUCAUCGCGCGGUCAUUUUCACACGUGCUAACGUAUUUCGUCCGCCCCACUAUCUCUAAUGAUGAAUUAGAAUUCUGUUUUCAUAAAUCAAAAUAUGGAAAGAACAGUUCAGAACUCACUGGCACUCGUUUACUCUCAAUAUAUGCAUUUUGAGGUGGGUGUCCGCUUACUAAUAUGUCUAGGCUCCGCUUAAAACCCCUUUUUUGUUAGACUUUCAACAAAUGAAAAUUACUGAAAUCCCACUUCUUUAAGACCUUCACUGGUAUACCUUUGGUAUAGUCAUUGAAGCAUGUAUAUAGACCUUGAAAAAUUGACUUUUUGUUUUUAAUUUUUCAUCUGUUUUGGUUAUUUCAGAGAUAAACACGAAGAAAAUCAUAAACCCGCUUUGCACAAGGUAGAUUAUUGUCAGUAUUCACACCGGCAAAUCUCAUGUCACUUUGGACUUCACUAUCUCAGGGACUUGAUCUUCUUGGAAAGACUAAAUGGUCUCACUCAUUAAGAGCAAUGCAGCAGAAAAAAAUGGAAUUUGCACUGUGAUUUAAGAAUUCAAAAUUACAGCCGCUUAAUGGUCAAUGUCCGCCCAGAAUGGAGACAAAACAUCCACUCGCCAUUUGUGUUGAUCGGUCAGACGGUCACGGUUGCUCUCAGUUUUGUAUUGAACUAACAGUCGAAUCUCACCUGUACAUCCUAUAUUUUUGUCUCUUUGAAAAAAUACGAUCACGUUCACAAAAAGAAAAUUACACAAGGAUCAGUUAACUUUUUUUUCCAAAAUUAAUUUUUUAUAGGUCAAAAUCAAAACUACCCGGCGAACAGAGGUUUGUCUCUUGCAUGGCUUUUAAUGUUUACGCAGUCCUUCGUGUGGCUAGUCUGUUAGUUGGUUUGUUUACCCCAUGAGAAACGGUGCGUAAGCAAACCAACUACGCGACAGACAAGCCACGCUAACGUCUUCGUAAACGCCAAACGCCAUGCAAGAGACAAACCUCCGCUCGCAGGGUAAAUCAAAACUUGACUGGGCAAAAAUUUAUUUGGCCGGUCAUUGUGUCUGGCCACUGUCCAAAACGUAUUUUGAGCCCUACAUUGGCUUUCCGAUAAGCUAGCUGUUUCGUUCAGGUUUGCUAGUUUUUUCCCAGUUUAUUGUCUUACCCUUUCAUGUGUAGACCAAAGUAUGGCGAGAUCAUUUGUACCUUAAACUUUUACAUCUUUGCACAAAAUCCUGCGGUGUUUAUACCAUUCCAGUGAAGCCCCCACGGAAGAACAUUUGUCCAGCAGUAUUGAUUUCUUCGGAUUUGACAAAAAUAAAUUUGAUUUUUUUGGUCAUUUUUUUUCCCUGGCCUUUGUUAGGAAUGACAAGGGUAAGGCCUGAUUUUUUUUCGCUGUUGGUCAGAGUAUUGUAAGGACUUUUUCCUUUUCAUUUAAACUAAGCUAAAUAUGUUUUUUUUUUUGUGGACAGGGACCAGUGAUUAAGAUCAACAGCAAUCAGCGAUAUGCGACUACAGCAGUGUCUUCAAGUAUUAUAAGAGUGAUAGCUGAAAGUGGUGAUAGCAAUGUGCCGCUUCAGGUACAGUACAUACAACAAAAUCGCUCACUCGACUGCAUAUUAAGUUCGGCUUGUACUAAGCAUGCCCAGGGAGGGUGGGGGUGGGGGUACUGCCAUAUAUGAGCUAUAUAGUAUGUGCCGCUGUGGAGGGUAUGGUUUCGACUGUAGUCUGGAAUUGUGAAUAGGAUAAGAGAGUUUGGUGCUAGAAUAGGAAAUCAUUUUCCAGGAAACUGAUCAACUGGUUCAAGAGUUUAGUCUAGGCUAGAAAACCUGGGAAUUGAUACUCAAGAAAUAUAAACAACCAAUUGAAAUUUACCUGUAAGUCAGUUUAAUAGCAAAGAAAUCCUCGACCUUAGUUGUUUCUGUAAAAUAUCGACUCUACUAUUGGGUUUAGUCUGGUAUAUAGGGUAGAAAAAUUGAGUUGAACAAGGUGUGGUAUAGGCCAUGGCUUCCGGGAUCCCAGCAGCAGAUCAUCACCCCCAUCCCCUCAUAUGCCGUCCCAUUCUCAAAUUCAAAUGUCCACAGUUUGAUACUAAGUGACUCGGUGCGCCACGAUUUCUCUCAGUAAGAGCUGUUUCAGUAGCUAAUGAAACAAUAGGUGAAUGAGCCCUUAAACCAGUAGCAUAGAAGUGUUGAUUUUCAGAGGAUAAUAAAGACCUUUAGAUGCAAGGACGAGAACCACUACGAGGACGAGACUUAACUAUCAAAAACCGCCUCUUCUGAAAAAAUAGACACGCAAAAAGCUGCAUUGUACUUUUUUCACCAGUAAGGUUAACUCGUUUUGUAUUGAAAGGUUGAGCCCCACCCCCCAUCGCAAGGUGAUGCAAAACGUCGAACCUUCGAUAACUUGUUUCCGCUACUAUUCGCUAAAACCAGAAACAACCCCUUAUGAGUUUCUGCUAAAAGCCAUAGUUGAUUAAGACGUUUUCCCGCCAAAAUGACGUUAGUUUACGUGCGCAUACUACUAAGUUUUGAAAAAACUAGUUCCAAAUCCCGUGAUUAAAAGGAUUUAAAGGUUUUUAAUGAUAAAAGACCUUCUUUGUGGUUCCAGAACAAUCCAAAUUGUUAUUUCAGUUGCCCCCCGCCCCUUCCCUCCAUCACCCUAAACUUCUUGACACAACCCUUUGAGUUUUAAUAUCUGACUGUCAGUUUUCUUCUCUUUGUAUUGCAGGAGGUUUGUGUAAGAAAUGAUUCUCCCUGUGGUUCCACUAUCGGACCAAUUCUAUCUGCCAAGCUUGGUCUGUUAACAUUAGGUACGUCAAAUUUUUAUAUUAGAUCAGACUAGCGACUGCUCAGCAAAGUUUUCCCUUUUAUAAAGGCUGGGCUAAUACUGCUAUCUUGCGACAAUGAUGUGUUUGGCCAUCUGUUUGUACCAGAAUGGCUUAGUAUGUUGUAACAAGCAGCAAAUACUAUUGAAGUCUACCAAUACUGUUGGCUAUGCUAGAGUUGACCUAAAAUUAAAUCAAUAUAUUGAUUAAUAUGUUGAACACACCCCUAGUUUAGUUUGCGAUGUAGAUAUUAAAUAAAUAAAAAUAAUAAAUAAAAUUAAAUAAACCAGUUAUGUCUUAGAGGUAGUAGAUCCACAUUGUGUUUCUACGUCUCCAGUUCCUGAUGGAAUUGACAUUUUUUAUCCAUGAAUUAUUUUCGUUGUUUUUCUUACUUUUUAAACUUUUAUUCAUUUUCUAUGAGGAGGCUGAAAACUGGAUAACCCAGAAAAAACCUCUCACGGCCAAGAGAGGGAGGCAAUGACAAACUCAACCCACUGAUGGCUUUCGCUUCUAGAAUUCGAACCUGGGCCAUAUAAGUGUAAAGCGAGUGCUCUCAUUACUGGAUUAAUAUUGCUCAUGUCUGUACUAAUAUUGCUCAUUACUAGAUUGAUACUCGUCAAUGCUGGGUUAGUACUUGAUUAAACAAAUCUUUAAUCAGUUCACCGGUGAAGAAGUUUACAAAUACUCUACUUUCUUGUGCAGCCAAGCAUGUGUGUUAUUUGAGAUCACUAACUAACUUGUAAUAGUUCUCUGUUCUUAGACAUUGGUGGUCCCCAACUGGCCAUGCAUUCCAUCAGAGAAAUGUGCUGCUCCUCAAUCAUCCAUCAAGAAACGACGCUAUUUAAGGUAUUACCAUAUCUCUAUUUUUCACUAUACUUAAGUAUCACAAUAGUGUUUGACAAAUCUGUUUUUUCCCUUAACAGAAUUUCUUCGAGCAACUUCCAUCAGUACUCGAGUCCUUCACUGACUGCUGAUUACAAGUGGAAGCAACAUCGCAUUACACCAGUUCCGUCGUAUUUCUAACGAAUACAUAAACGGAUACACAUCUGUUCAUGUUGUUUUCAACAGAAUUCUUUCUACGUUAAUAAGGCUGUGUUCACACUGUUUAGCUUUUUCGCCGCCACCAAAAUCAUACCGGGUAGCGCUUCUGUUCAUACACAAGAAUUUUUGAGACGAAGCAAAGCUGCGCUGCGCCCAUUUCUUAAGUAGAGAGUCACAUAUCGGACGGACAGGUGUUUCACACUAUACUGGUUAACUUUUCAAAGCGCCACGAAAAGCUAACCGCUAUACUGUGAACAUAGUCUAAAUAAAAUUUUCUUAGAUUAAAAAAAAAUUCUGCCUUUUUUUUCACUAUGCAUAGUACUAAUGCCCCGUCCACACGUAUCCGUUUUUGUUCGAAAACGGAGAAUUUUUCCUUCGGUUUGUCCUACGCCCACACCUAUCUGGUGAAAACGGUCACGGAAUACGCAUCUUUUCGAAAACGUUCUCUAGAGUGGAGAUUCCUGAAAACGCUGCCUGCUCGUUUACGUGUGGACGGACAAAAACAACGGGUGUUUUCGAAUACGAUGAUGUCAAAAAUUAUUUCGUUUUCCAUCGUUUAACGUUUUGGUGUGGACGAGCAAAAACGAUUCGAAUGCUCUACGUGUGGACGCGUAUUAUUUCAAAAACGGAUUUUCUCCGUUUUCAAAAAUAUCCGGAUACGUGUGGAUGGGGCUCAAAAUAUGUGGGAAAUUUGUCUUUAAAGUAAAAAAGCGCAUGCGUAUUUGAUUAGGAUUUGCAUUACCCUGUACUUCUGUAGUUUAACGUGGUGUAUUGUUACCUAAAUUAAGAAAUUAACUUUUAGUAGAAGUAAGAAGGACCUAAAAGCAUUUAUGUACCUUGGAAAACCUGAAUUUUACUCUUUCUCGCUGUAUUACCAACUCGAUUCUCCUUUUGAUCAGUAAGGGUUUAAAACUUCUUAAUGUAGUCUUGUCGUGCAAAAAUGAAACAAAGCCUUUUUUCGGAGUCCCAGUGGUAUGGUACCGGAAUAAAAUAAAUUUAGGACAACUCCCCUCCGCCCGGCCGGAGAUAAAGCCGCUACAUUGUCGCUUCUAUAGUUAGAGAAUUGAUAGUUUAUAGACGUUUUUGCAAUUUGGUAUACACCUAAUUGCAAUAAGGUUGUCAUAGAAAAAAGCAAAAAGUUAAAUAGGAAUUAAUGAGCAUGUAAUUAUCAUAGCUUGCAACAUUCACAACACACACGCUUAUAGCUGAAUAUUAAUCACGUAAUAUGAGAGAAAUCAUUUGCAUCAGUUUCUUGAUGUCAUUCUAAUGCAAUUCGAGGUUGAUUCAUCUUGCGAAUUUCAAACGUGCUCGAAUUACAAAGCACAUCGGAUAACUACCAAAGAAAUAAUGGCUCAUUUUUUUUUUCAAUAAAUAUAGCCUGGGGUACAUUCCAGGAACUCAACCCGUGUUUUAGAUUAGUGCUGAAUAGAAAAGCCAGUCUGCGUAUAGUUUGCAGAGCACAACACCAUCUGAUCACAAUUUUCAAGCAACAAAUCAGGGGCGUAGGCAGGACUUUUCGUCGCAGAGAGGGUAAGGGGGUCCUCCGCCAGUUCCUCACGUGAGCCACAAACCAAGCUUGGUUUGUCAGGACAUAAUAGAUUGGCGACUGAAAUUGCGACAACUGAGACUUAAUAUUGUUCGCGUCAAUUUACCUUUUUCUUUUUCGAAUUGUGCGACUUCUGUUGAUGGAGAAUGUUGGCUCUAAAAUGACUAUGGCGCCUGUCUAUCUUACAGCGUGGACUUGUUAUUGUGAACGAAUUCCUAAAUAUCUGUUAAAUACUGAAUUAAAAUACGCAAAUGCAAAUCACAUGGCUACUUUAUUCCUAUUUGUCUUUUUGCUUUUUUCUAUGACAACGUUAUUGCAAUUAGGUGUAUACAGAAUAGACCUAGCAAUUAUUUAUUUGAAAAGAGAAUAAAGAC